CAUUGUAUUACACGCUUUCGGAUAGACGAAUCACGUGUAACAAAGUGUAAUUUAUAUAUUGUUAUGGAUGAUAUUGCUUGUCCACGUUGCAAGACUACUAAGUAUCGUAAUCCUUCUUUGAAACUUCUAGUGAAUAUUUGCGGUCAUGGUUUAUGUGAAAAUUGUGUUGAAUUGCUAUUUGUCAAAGGUUCGGGAUCGUGUCCACAAUGCGAAGUGCCACUUCGCAGGAAUCAGUUCAGAUUACAGAUAUUCGAGGAUGCUUCCGUCGAAAAAGAAUUGGAUAUAAGAAAACGAAUAUUGAAAGAUUUCAAUAAAAAGGAGGAAGACUUCUCUAACUUGAGAGAAUAUAAUGACUAUCUAGAAGAAGUUGAAACUAUCAUAUUUAAUCUGUCUAACAACAUAAAUAUAGAAGCUACAAAAAGAAAGAUAGAACAAUAUAAAAAAGAAAACAAAAAUAUCAUAAUGAAAAGAAAGAAUAAGUUAAGCAAAGACGAAGAAGAAAUAGACGAGUACCUAGAAUUGGAAAGCAACGAGAAAGAGUGGCGUCGGCAGCAGUUAUCGGAAGAAGAGAGGGAAAUUAAGAGGUCGAGACUGAUGAAGAAGGAAGCUCUGAUUGACGACUUGAUGUUUUCCGAUCUGCCCGCGGGUCAGAUUUUGGCCAGUCACGGCUCUCUGUCGGAAACGGAGAAUGCAUCUGGAGUUAAUAGAUCAAAACCUCCGCCUCGAGAACACGUUAAGUUUUCUUCCGGAAUUAAAAUGAAUCAGAAUUUAUUUCUUCCCCUUCCUAAAGCUAACGAAAACAUUUACACUUAUGUGGAACCUACUUUAAGUUUGCAUGGUCCGGGCGCUCCGGAUUUCAAAAGUAUUGAAAAAGAUAAUUAUUUAUUAAAUAUUCGUGCUACCUCGGAUAGAGAUAGGGCAGGUGGAUUCGUGUCUCAUUAUGCGUGUCGGCGAGCUCUACAAGAAUCUUUCUGCGGUUUGUUUUUGACUUCAGAUAUGUUCCUAAAGUGAAACUUUGAUAACUACAAAGAGUAUAUAUGUAUAUAGUUAUAAAUAUAUUUCAAUAAAUUUUAAUUUAAUAAAAAAAAUUAUGUUGAAUUUAUUGUUUAAAAGGCUGUUUAAAUGACAAUUACAUGUUAUUAACUGAUAGUUAGCUAAGCUAGUUAAAGUUGCCUAGUUUUAAGUUGUGUCAUAUGUUUAAAUUUUGAUAAAUAAGUAGAGUAAAAAUUAAAAAAAUAGUAAAAAUUAGUAUUGAUGAAUUUCAUGAAAGCACUGAAUGAAGGAGUAAUAAUUUGUGAUUGCACUGAAAUAAUUUAUUACAAGAAAUCAUUUAUCACAAUGUGCACAAAUGCUAAUCUUUUUGUAUGAUAUAAAAAUUUGAAUAUUAAA